AUGGAAGGACAAGGAAGUGACUCUGACACUGGCAACAAUAAUAACAACAACAUUGGGGAGUAUAAUUGUGAUGACAAUAAUAACAAUGCCAAUACCAUCAACAACAAUACCAACAACAAUAAUAUCAAGAAUGUACACCACCAACAACAACAACAACACCAACAACAUCAACAACAAUAUCAUUAUCAACAACAAGUCAGGUCAAUUACUACAUCAACAUCAUCAUUGAGCAUGUCAACAGACUCGGUGGAAUCAGCAGGUAGCACUAGUUCAACGGGUACACGCUCGGGAUCACCAGACCAUUUGGAAAAGGACAGAACAAAUGUCUUUGUAAAGUACUUGCCAAAUGAGUAUGGAGACUAUGAACUAUUCAAUCUAUUCUCACAGUUUGGCAAGGUAAUGAGUGCCAAAGUGAUGGUGGACGCCAAGGGCAACUCCUACGGCUAUGGAUUCGUACGUUUCUCCUCGCCCGAGGAGUCACGCGUGGCCAUCGAACACAUGGAUGGCUAUCCUCUACUACACAAGAAGUUACUCUGUCGUCUGUCCUACCUUUAUUCCAAUGGCAACAACAGAUUCCCAUCAAACAACCUAUUUGUAAAGCUACUUCCAGCCGCAAUGACUGAUGAUCAAUUGAAGGAAUUGUUCCAACCAUUUGGAGAGGUAGUGGAAUGCAAGGUUAUGGUGGACAAGAUGGGCCAGAGUAAGUUGGCUGGCUUUGUCCGAUUUAGUCACGAGUUGGAUGCAACCAGAGCCAUCCAAGCACUCAAUGGAACCAAACAAGGUGAUUCACCAGCACUUGUUGCAACACCAUCCCUCUGCGGCAGGUCCACCGCAAGGAUACUAUGUGGCAGCGCCUACCAACUUGGAGGAGGCAUCGAUGCAUACGCAGCACAUCCACCAACAGCAUCCACAUCAUCACCAACAACAUCAUCAACACCCGCCGCCCCAACAAUCAUCUAG